AUGAAAAUAUACGAACAUGUAUGUAAUACUUUGACUGAAAAAAUAUUGAUUAUAAACACACACACACAGGCAUCUAUCUAUCUAUCUAUCUAUCUAUCUAUCUAUCUAUCUAUCUAUCUAUACAUAUAUAUAUAUAUAUAUAAUAUUUUAUCAAUUCUUUCGUCUUGGUAUUUCGCUUAUCACAAAUGUUUUCCAUUCUUUUACGUACUUCACGUAUUUCUUUCUUUCUUUGACUUUCUGUCUCUUACUAUUGUCUUGUGUUUUUUUUCUUUCUUUCCAUUUUAUUUGUUUUUCUUUCUUUCUUUCUCUCUUUUUUGUCUUUUUUUUCAUUUCUUUAUUCAUUCUCCGCAUUAUUUUCUAUAUUUCCUGAUCUUCCAUUAUUUUAAUGUCUUUUAUCUAUCUAUCUAUCUAUCUAUCUAUCUCAAGAGAGAGAGAGAGAGAGAGAGAUUGUCCAUAUCUCUCUGUUACUCUCUGUUUCUCUCUGGCUGUCCAUUAUCUAUCUAUCUAUCUAUCUAUCUAUCUAUCUAUCUAUCUAUCUAUCUCAUCUCUUCAUCUAUCUAUCUAUCUAUCUAUCUAUCUAUCUAUCUAACUAUCUAUCUAUCUCAGUCUCUUCAUCUAUCUAUCUAUCUAUCUAUCUAUCUAUCUAUCUAUCUCUCAGUCUCUUCAUCUAUUCAUCUAUCUAUCUAUCUAUCUAUCUAUCUAUCUAUCAGUCUCUUCAUCUAUCUAACUAUCUAUCUAUCUCAGUCUCUUCAUCUAUCUAUCUAUCUAUCUAUCUAUCUAUCUAUCUAUCUAUCUAUCUAUCACAGUCUCUUCAUCUAUCUAUCUAUCUAUCUAUCUAUCUAUCUAUCUAUCUAUCUAUCUAUCUAUCUCAGUCUCUUCAUCUAUCUAUCCAUCUAUCUAUCUAUUUAUCUAUCUGUCUAUCUAUCACAGUCUCUUCAUCUAUCUAUCUAUCUAUCUAUCUCAUUCUGUUCAUAUCUAUCUCUCUACCUUUCUUUCUUUCUUUCUUUCCAUUGUAGUUGUUUCUUCUUUCGUUCUUAUUUUUUAGUUUUUCUUUUUAAUUUUUUUCAUUCAUUCUUUCCUUUUAACUUUCUUUUAUUUUUUGCCGUUUUCUGCUUCCUUCUUUGCUUUUGCGUUUCUUCCUUUCAUCUGUUUUCUCUUCAGUUACGUCUUUUUAUUCAUUCAUUCAUUUAUUCAUUUGAUCUUUUUGUCUUUCUUUAUUUUUUAUUCUUUUCUCUUUACGUCUUUUCCUUCUUUCGUUUCUUCUUUCUUUCUCGUUUUACCUUACAUAUUUCCUUCCUUCCUUCCUUCCUUCCUUCAUUCAUUCAUUCAUUCAUUCAUUCAUUCAUUUGA